AUGAGUUUUCAUAAACUUGCGUUUUGGACAUUUACAACUGUUCUUCUCUACUUAGCCUAUAACAAUGAUGUAGGAUUCGAAGCGAACUCAAAAAGAGGUGUGCUGGCAGCCAUGCUAUUCAUUGCAAUGAUUGGUUCAUUGAAACCAAGUGAUCCUUUUGGUGAUAAAUAUGGAGCCAUUUUUAGAAUAUAAUUCUGGUUAUCUGCCACAUUUAUAGCCAUCUUGGUCUUUUUAUCAUUUCAAAAUGAGAAAGAUGGUAGAUAUCUUAUGAGUUUGGGAGAUGAUAGAUUAGGUAAGCCUGUCACAAAGGAUAUGCAUACUUAUGAUGAUAAUUGCGAAUUCGAAUGGAUCAAUAUUGUUGACAAUCUAGAUCACUAUUAUUGGAGUCACGUAAUCAAUUGGCUAUUGGCUACAUUUCUUGUCAGGGACUUUUGGUUUCUCAACUUUUGGUCUGUCUUAGAUGAAAUUAUUGAAUUAUCUUGGCAACACAAACUCCCCCAUUUUAGAGAAUGCUGGUGGGAUCAUGUAUUAUUGGAUGUAUUAUUAAGUAACACUGUUGCUAUUAUUAUUGGAAUGAUCAUCAUUAAGAAAUUCAAAUUUGAAUAAUACAGUUGGUUUGCUAAAGACACCUUUACAAAUCCAAAGAAAUUUGAAGCUGUUCUUAUUGUUAUCAUUGUAAUCAUAGGCAACUUUCUAAAUAAUUUCUUCUUGAUGAAUGAAUUAUGGGUUCCUCCAAAAUGUUGGAUGGUUGUCUAUAGACUUCUGAUUUGGUUUAUGUUAGGCCAUUCAGCAUUCAGAGAACUUCAUAAUUCAAUUACAGAUAAAAACCAACCAUAUCAAUUAAGAUACCUUACCUAUUUCACUAUUGCUAUAGAAACUUUAAUAUCGAUUAAAUUCUUACCUGAUUGUGGUAAUCUAUAAAAUGAAGAUACUCCAAUAUAUGUAUGGCUUCCUUGGCUUAUUGUUGGUGUGGUAUCCUUCCUUUGGUGGAUUAAAUUGCAAUUGAUAUAAUCGCAAAAAUAAAUAUAGCCAAAUUCACGAGAAACAACAUCAAAAUAAGAGAAGAGCAGAAAAGAAAAAAAGAAGGAUUGA